GUAUAUUUUAGCGCAUUAAAACUGUGUACAUGUAACGUUCUGUGUUCAUUAUAAAAUUUCAUUAUUUAUACCCAGAGUAUGUAACAUAAUGUUAGUGUUGUUAUUUUAUACAUGCAUCACUAUCACUAUAACCAGUGCACUACCAGGUGAAACUAUAAAAAGUCAAGGUGAAUGCCCAACAUUUUGUGAAGGUACCGCUUAUAAAUGUAUAAAAGGACAAUGUUAUUGUGCAAAUGGAUAUGCCCCGAACUAUUACCAGACACAAUGUGUAAAAUGUCCAGGAUUAGGAGAGGCCUGCUAUGGACCGUGCUGCGGUGAUAAUAUUACUCUGCAUUGUUGGAAUGGAGUCUGCCAAUCAUGUUACGGGCCAAAUGGAAACUGGGUGUGCAGAGAACCAGUGGAUCAAAUAGUACUUGUAUCUGGUACUCAGAUUGUGAUGGCAAGUGCGCUGGUGUUGGGAAUAAUUGCCACCUUCGUCCUUCUUUAUAAACUUUGUGCUGCUACUACGAUCAGACCUGUGGGAAGAAGUGUAAAUGGGUCAACAGAUGGAGGAAGGCUAUCCGUCGGAAGUUUACAAAUUUACGUCGAUGAGCGACUACGCGAUGCACCCCCAAGAUACACCAGAACAGCGCCUUCAGAGUCAUCAAUUUGCCCGGCACCACAUUAUCUUAAUUCUGGUUUUAUUCACGACAACAGUCUACCACCGCCUGCCUACACGCCACCCGAAAGAAAAGAAGAGAGUCCAAAUGGAAUAGUUCAUAUGUGAUAAAGUAUUGUGAUAUUGUUGUUCUUCCAAAAAUCGAUCUUAUAAGAUACUUAUAUUAAGUGUAAAUAUUUUAUAAAUAAAUUUAAAAAAAAAUA